AUGAUAUCCUUAUAUGGGUAUCCCAGGCGAAGAAACCUUACGCAAUCACUGAGAAUCUGGAAAACGUACGCGCUUGACCGAUUGCUGUCAGAUCGGCAUGCCAUCUUUCCAAAUGCGUUGAUUUGCCUCCUCGAGAAGCGGCUUCAAGUUUCGGCGGACAUCAGGUUCUCCGUAAAGUGCGACAAGAUGCGGAAGGUCUCGAAGAUGAGGCCGAUGACGUAACGAGUUGUCAGAAGGCGGGCGAUGGCAGCGCGGAUCGUUCGGCCGCUUCAGAAGACGUCGUGGGUCGAACCGGAGUCUCCUAUCGAGUCCAGGCCUUCUUCGGCGCGCUUUCACCUUUUAUUUUUAUUUUGCCGUUAAUGAUCUUCUGCGUUUCAUUUGCCUUUUUUCUUCUCAGAUACGAUUUUCAGGAUGUUGUGGUGGUCAUUAAUUUUGUUACCGGUAGCUUUUGCUCAACGUCCUUCGGAAGCUUCUGAAAAUGCUGAGAGUUUCCGACAACGUGAGUUCUUUCUUAUGAUUUCCAGUAGCCAAACCAAGAAUAAAAACUUCUUAUUUUUGAGAUUUUUCAAAUUUCUCGAUUGAAUUCUCUUUUAGAAAGUUUUUUUUUCUUGCAAAAAAUAUCUAGCUCUUUGAGGUUUGGAAAUUUCAUCCGGUACUACAAAAAACAUUUAAGCUUGAGUUUCGAAAAAAAAAAAUACUAAAUUGACUCUUUCAAAGAUUUUUCAUCAGUUAUGAGGGCAGAGUACGUUCUUAAUUCUCGAAUUCACUUGGAAGAGUUCUAUUUUUUUAUAAUUUUCAAAAUUUACCUUUCGUCUUUGAACAGUGUUGGUGAAAUUUUCAACAAGAAGGCAUCCGACCUCAGAAGCGCAUUUUCGUUCUCGAUUUUUUUCAAUGGUCGAAACAGAUUUCUUCGAGAAACCAUACGAUUCUGCUACUGUAAUCCACUUGGAAACAAAUUCGUUUUGAAUCCUUUGAAAUGUCCAGAAACCCUAAAUGCGACGUCAAACCUUUUUCCAAAACUUGUUCGCCAGAUUUAUUAUUUUGUGAGUGCUGUAAAAUCCUUCCAUCGUUAACGCAAUCUAUGCGUCAUCGUCAUUCCAAUGCUUCAAAUUUACAGUGUACGGGAUCGCUACCAAAAUCAUGGAGAUCAGCGGGAACAUAAUGGGUCAAAAUGGCGCUGGAAAUGGUGGCGGUUAUGAUGGAGAGCUAAGACCUCGGUUUCAAGGUUUUUUUGAUUAAUUUUCCGAAUUUGUUAUUUCCCGUUUCGAAAUCGUCAGAUAUUCAAAUUUUGAAUCAGAUGAAACAUAUCGAAAGAGUUCUUACCGUAUUUUGCUUCGUUAGUUUUAAGAGCUACUCUGUUGCCAUGUUAGUUAUCACUCUGCUUAAAAAAAUGAAUGAGUCUUUUUUUGCUGUUUUAUAAUUUUUUUGAUAGAAAUCAAUUCUUCAAAUCAUCCCUUUUUUUGAGUGAGAACUUAAUUUUUUGUAUUCACUAAUAUAUUAUUUAUUAUAUUUACCUCGUCUCGGAAGAAAAAAAUUUGUUACCAAAACAUGAGCAAAAAAAUUUUUGACUAUUAGAAAUAUUUCCGAAGCUAGCUCGUUAAUGUUCCAUCAGAAUAAAAACAGUAGAAUACUUUCGGUGACCCGAACCGAUGAAAAAAAAAGUUCAAAAACUGUUUCGUUUUUAUUUUUCAAAAAAACUUCAAUGUUUUCCAAACGUUUUAGUUCUCCCUCUAUUAGCAUUAACAAAUUCACAAUACUUUCAAACGAUCUCUUUUUGAAAAAAAAAAACUGAGCUCAAACGCCUCAAAAAGUAUCGAAAAUGUUGCUUGUAUCUCUUUCAGCAGUUUUCCAGAAUCUGGGGUUUCUAACUUCUUCAUUCAAUUGAUCUUCUCUGAUUGGAAUGUUCAGUUAUGCAAACAAUUAUGCUUUCACGCGAUAAUUGAUUGAUUAGCUGCAAAGAAAACAUGUUCAGGCGUUCGUUCCUUCAAUGAAGACAAUAGUGUGACCAGCGGCCAAUCGUCUUCGGACAGAUUCGCGUCGAUGGCUCGCUUAUUCUCCGAAUAUGGAGGUUCGUGAUAAGGGAAAAUAAGGAAAGAAAGAAAGAAGUUUUUUAAAAAAACGCGUCAAGAUCAUGAAUUCUCAGCUUUUUUUAUUCAACUAAUCUUUUAUGGUAAAUUUAUUUGAUUGCUUAGUUAUUUAUAGUCAUUUCACAAAUGAGCUUUUUGGAGUAAUCUGCAAAAAAAGGACGAUAAAAAAAUUAUCAAGUAAAUGGAUAAAGCUGAUGAAGAAUCAUUUUUUUAGCAGAAAAAUAAACGUUUGACGUAUUGCACGGCGAGAAAAAAAUACUUGAUGUGCAAAAAAACUAAGCGCUUAGCCGUGGAAAAAAAGGUUAAGCUAAAUUACUUUUUAAAUUAUUAUCUCUUUGCUUUCUUGAAAAACUUGAUGCCAAGUCCAAAGUAUACAUUUCAGACUGAAAAAAACUCCAUUCUGCAAAAUGAAUCUAACACUAAAAUAGAAAAAAACAAGGAAUUUAAAUUUUUAAUCCAGCUGUUCAAAGGCUUCUAUGAAAUCAUUUCGUGAAGCUUUUUUUCCACUGGAUUAGGUUGAUUUUGAAGUUCAUCAGUCGCUUCAAAAAAAAUUGAAGCCAACAAGAGAAAUUAGAAAAAAUUUCCAAAAGUUCAGUUAAAAAUUUUGAAGAUUUUUCUCAGAUAAUGGAGAUUAAGGCAUGAAAAUCCUUCUUUUUCUGUUUUUCUUUUCUAAAAAAGUGCAUCGCAUGCUGUUCAUCCUUCAGAGCUCCUACGGCUAUGAUUAUUUUUCUCCAUUUUUUUCAACAUUAUGAACUGAUUUUUUUAAAAUCUGCUAGCUUUUUGAUGCGAUUUAGUCGCUCCAAUGAACAAUUUUUUUCAUGUAUAUUGUUGAAAAAAAUGAAGGAGAGAUAACUUCUCUUUAGAAGAUCCAAUAUGGAAUAUAUUCAAAUUUUUUUAUUUUUUUAUUUUUUUAUCGAACAUGGAAUCCAUCAUAACUUCAAUUUUUUCAUUGAAAUUGAAACGCCUUGUGUAGUCAAAACAAUCCGAAUGAACUUCUAGGAAUGCUGACCGGCGGCGUGGCCCCCACGACGACGACCACAACGACGACGACUGCGCCUCCACCGAGUGGAUUCCAGUCUUUGCUCAACACGUUCUUGGGUACAAUUACUUCGAGGCCCAUUAGUCCGCGGACCUUUUUGUUUCUUCUUAGCAGAUUAGCCGCCACUUAUCCCUGCAAAUUAGGCGCCUACUUUGGCGAGAAGUUUUUAGGUUACAUCUAGUCUUACAAGACAAUUGGAACGUCUUUCUGAACUUCAAAAAGCACAACUUGUUUUGUUCAACUUUUUUGAGCUACAAAGGUUUUUCGAUUGAAACGAACACAUGUACAGAAAAAGAAAAGCUCAAAAUCAGCUACAUUUUGAAGUGCCGGAAAUCUCACAAAUCGAGGUUGCAAUCCGAAAGAAACCUGUAGAAUUAAGGUUCGUCGCAGCCGACAGCGGAUAUCGACGCUCUGCCUCCGCCGCCAACUCCACGACCUCGAGCUCGUUCGAACAGUCUCCUCAAUCUCUUUGGGGGUAAAAAGACAAACUAUGAGAAGUUUUCGCAUCAUUUCCUUAUUUAUUUUAUGAGUGUUUUUUUUAGGAGGGCAAAUAAAAAAACUAGGAAAAGUACAAUUGAAACUGCGUUGAAAAAAACGACUAUAUAUUGUUUGUUUUUUUUAACCAAGUGAUUGUGGCUUGAGUAUAGAGACCGGAUCCUUCUGACUCUUCCUUUAUACUCCAACUAACCUUGAAUCUUUUUUUUCUUUAUGAUAGUUGAAGGAUAUUAGCCGUUUUAAAACAGCGUUUAAAAAGUUUUUUGUGUUUUGACAAAAAGAAGUUAAUAGAAUAAAAAGGAACAUAAUCUCGGAAUUUUCUUUGUGCCGUUGGAAGAUCAUUUUCAGACGGAUCAUUCGGCGGAGGAAACGCUAACAUUCAAAAGCCAUCAGAAGGAGGCGUCGGAAACAUUUUCGGCAACUUCUUCGGUAAUUACCUCGAGCACCAGAUUUAAAUUAUUCCCUAUUUCUCCAGGAUUGAUGCCAACUACAACCACCACAACCACAGAAGCUCCACCAGUCCAGAAAAUUAUUAACAUGUUUGGUAUGCGUCAUCUUCUUUAUAUCAAAUGAAAAAAAAAACCGUUUCAGUGCCUCAAACUCAGCAAUCGGCAAGAUCUUCGUCCGGUUUGGGUAAUUUGAACUUCAUGGAGCUUUUCGGUGAGAUUUUAUUUCUUUUGAAGCCCUAAUCCGAUAUUUUCCAGGAGUAGCGCCGAGAACUACAACAACGGCUCAACCGCCUCUUCAGGCUCUUUUUAAUCCUAGGAAAGCUUACAGCGGUGGACCGGAAGAUAUUGAUGGUGAGAAUCAGUUUUGCUUGUUUUUUUUUUCGCAAAGUUUAUUUUGACAAACAUUACGGCAAUCGUUAUGUUGAAAAGUCAUAAAAGGAGAUAAGUUAGAGUAAUAAUUUCAAUCGUAAAACCCAUGACGUUCUAUAAUGUCUAUUUAAAAAAAUUUUUGAUGCGAACCAAAAAAAAUUUCAAAACUUAUUCAAAAAAAUCUAAUCAAUGCCUUAAUUGCCGGGUGCGAGUUUUGUGAAAAGUGAGUUUUCAAAUUUUUUUCGUGUUUUUUUCCCUCAAGCAUGCAUGGCAGAAUGUAUAUAAAAGUUUUUUGAUCGAAUAAAUACGUCACUUUUUUUAUAAUGAUUUCAUUUUAGUUUUUUUCUUUUUGUCACAAAAAAAUCUUUCAGAUCAUGAAAUUUUUAUUACCUGUACUUUUUGAAAUCGAAUGAGGUAGUUGUGUGAUAUAUUUUAUGAUGACCUCAGAAACAGGGAAUUUAUAAUCUUCCGUUAAUAAAUGACGUAAUGAAGACUGAAUCAAACAUAUUAUUGAAUAUCGUCAUAAAUUCUGAGAUUUUCCAGUCGAUCCCUUUAUCUGCAACUCGUGAGAAUACCAUAGACUUUCAUGGCUUUUCAGGAAUCGUAAACGCGUUGAUGAGAAGCAACGCCCGGCCAGCAAGUCAAGAGCCCUCAUCGUUUCUUUCGCAGUUCCUUGGAGGCAAGAAAUAA